CCGUGGGUUAGGAAACGCGGAUGCUAUUUAGUGUGCGUCACUCUCGGUCGAUGUUUAUCACGUUGAGCAUGAAGGUGGUACCGGACUAGUCGUGGACUACUACGCUCAUCCUUACUUCGUAUCCACCGCAGAAAUUAUGCUCUCUUUUGCUUGGAUCUCAGUUAUACUCGUGGGAAUUAUUUCUGCUCAUGUUUUGCAGAACCUUUGUUUUCCCUACUUUUGGAAAGAUUUCUUCUUUCUUUUUAGUUUGACUCGGUAUGGGAUGAAACUGGAGCUUUUCAGACUGACUUCGAGAGUGUGUACAGUCCUGGACAGGUUCAUUCAACAGGUGCACCGCAACCCCGACAAGGCUUUUAUUAUCUACGAAGGGAGCGUCCACACCUACAAAGACAUUGAGCAGCGCAGCAACAGAUUGGCAAAUGUUUUCCUCCAGAAACUCAAUGUGACCAAAGGCGACUGCGUUGCCCUGCUCAUGAACAACGAGCCGGACUUCGUUUGCGUUUGGUUCGGAUUGGCAAAGGUCGGCUGCCCUGUUGCUUUUCUGAACACAAACAUUAAGUCGAGAUCGUUGUUGCAUUGCAUCACCUGCUGUGGAGCCAAAGCAGUAAUAGUUGGUGCAGAUUUAGUAGAGUGUGUUGGUGGUAUCGUAAGCAACCUGCUGGAGGACAACCUUCAAGUGUGGGCAAUGAAGAGGCAUUGUGGGGACACAAAGAUGGAAUCCAUAUUGGAUCACAUAGAGGCUGCCACUGAUAAACCUCUGCCGGCAAUUUUACGUGCGACCACCUCUCUCAAAUCCCCUACCCUCUUCAUUUUCACCUCUGGAACUACUGGACUCCCUAAGGCAGCAGUGAUCACUCACCUCCAAAGCUUGAAGGCAGCAGGAGGAUGCUGGGCAUUUGGGGUGACUGAAAAGGAUGUAAUAUAUAUCUCUCUGCCACUUUACCACAGCGCAGCAUCCCUGAUUGGAAUUGGAGGAACCAUUGAGCUUGGUGCAACAUGCAUCCUCAAGAAGAAGUUCUCAGCCUCACAGUUCUGGAAUGACUGUCGCAAACAUAACGUGACAGUUUUCCAGUAUAUUGGUGAAUUGUGCCGAUAUCUCUGCAACCAGCCCAAGACAGAGAUCGACAAGGUCCACUCGGUGCGGAUCGGAAUCGGCAAUGGGCUGCGUCAGGAUGUCUGGCAGGAGUUCCUUCAACGCUAUGGAAACAUCCAAAUGUGUGAAGUGUAUGGCUCCACGGAGGGAAACCUGUGUUUCAUGAAUCACAUCGGCAAGAUUGGCAGAGUGGGGCGUUCCAACUUCAUCUACAGGCUCCUGCUGAAAUAUGAUCUGGUGAAGUAUGACAUGAUGAAAGAGGAGCCAAUGAAAGAUCAAUACGGUUUCUGCCAGCGAGUGAAAAAGGGCGAGACAGGGCUUUUACUAUCUAAAGUAAGUGCCCUGACCCCAUUCUUUGGCUACGCUGGAAGCAAGCAGCUGACCGAAAAGAAGCUGAUAAGGAACGUGUUUGUCAAGGGAGAUGCCUACUUUAACACAGGCGAUCUGAUGGCUGAAGACAACGAAGGCUUCAUCUCUUUCAAAGACAGAGUAGGAGACACCUUCAGGUGGAAAGGCGAAAAUGUAGCCACAACAGAUGUGGCAGAAACCCUUGGGUCAGUUGAUUUCAUCCAAGAAGUCAAUGUGUAUGGGGUGGAAAUAGCAGGGCAGGAGGGAAGAGCUGGGAUGGCUGCCAUAAUUCUAAGACCAGGCUUCAUGUUUAAUGGGCGCAAAUUUUUUCAACACGUGGUGAUGGAGCUACCCUCCUAUGCUCGACCCCUCUUCAUAAGACUGCAGGACGUGAUGGAAAUGACAAGCACCUUAAAACAGCAGAAGUUCAACCUGGUUCAAAGCGGAUUUAACCCCUCAACAAUAUCAGAUCCUCUCUAUGUGUUGGAUUAUCAACAGAACAGCUAUAUCCCUUUAACAAAAAGUGCAUACCAGAGUAUCGUCUGUGGAGAGUGCAAGCUAUAAGACUGUGCUCGUGAGCGUAAUGGCAGUGAUCUAAGAAGAAUAUGAUGAUUUGGCCUUGCUUCUGUCACUUUCAAGAUAGUUUGACAGCCAACAUGACAAUAUCAAAGAGAUUACACACCAGAAAAUUAAAAUGCUAAACAUUAAACAAUGAAAUUUAAAAGCAGCUAGUAUUUGAUUAAAAUAUAAGUAUGAUUUAUGUUGGGAAAAAAAAUCAGUCAGUUCACAUUGAGAGUCUAAUGGGUCUUUCUAAUAAAGUGAUUGUGACCGUGUCCAAAUGCGGCCAGCUACAGAUUGGCUGUAAAGCCACGCUGGCGGGAACAAGAGUUUUUGAGACAGUUUACGGAGGUCACAGACAGAAGCCUGGUGCUAAACAUUCACCUCUACUUGAUCAGUCUCCUGUCGUACACCAUCCUUUAUCCACACUGCCUCCCCCAGCACACGACUGCAUCGAAGCAAAAGAAUCCUAGCAAUAAAUGGAAAAAAGAUCUUCAGCAGGUUAUUCCAGAUGUUAAAUGAGCCUGUUCUUCUCCUCAGGACAUAUCUAUUCAACAUUUUUAUCUGUCAUAUGCACGGUAGAAACACAGUGGUUGGACUGAGCUGGGAAAUUCUGACUUUGCUAUCUCCCUCCGCAUUUACAAAGAAUAUAAAACAUUAAAAUUAGCAAUUUGAUGUAAUCAAAGAUGAAUAUUUUCGGGCCGGGGCAAGUCUAGUUUAUAUUGCAGACCACGUGGCUCCUGUUUGGGAGUCUGCCGACAACUUUGAAAUGUUGCCAUGUGAACCAGGCUUAAGUCUCACUCAUGGCAGGCGCUGCUAACUGGUCUUUCCUGCACCUUGGGUUGAGAAUCAUCUCUUGAGUCUUUAUAGCAUUCAAACCUUUCAUGCACCCUGUCACCUGCUAACAUGAUAAUCUGUCCACUGUAGUAACCGCUGUCCCUGAAAGGGUUAAGGAGAGGGGUUUUUUUUGUUUUUUUGCACCUAGAGCAGCUGAGCCACCUCAUUCCUGGAAACCUGUCUCUUCUCCACUAGUGAAAAGGCCAAUGACUUCUGUGUCAUCAGCAAACUUGAUGUGUCUGUCCCUUCAUGGUGCCUCUGUUAUCUUGCCAGCCUACUGAGGAAUUGAGCUGUAGCACCUGGUAUUUAGAUGGCGACCACAUCCACCUCCAGCCUUUCACAGUAACAGGCUGAAAAUUGGGUAUAUUCCUUCUAAAGUCAGCCACCAACCACUUGGCUUUGGAGAUCUUCACUUGCAGAUGGCUUGUUUUGCAUUGUUUCCAUAUAUUCUCGAAGUCUCACAGAAUCUUGUACGACUCCUGCUGUUCACCUAUUUUUGAAACUUAAUCACAGUGUCAUCUCGGCCUGAACGACUUUGUGUUUUCUGAUCAAAAUCAGACCACGUGAUCACUAAAGACGAUUGUUUUAUUUUGGCGCUCUUAUCCUCUCCAGCUCACCAAGCAAAAGCGGAAUGCUACUCAUAGACAGGUCAUGCUAACCAAUCAGCUCCAAGCCGGUUUAAAAAAACAUCAGAAUCUGAUUUAUUGGCCAAGUAUGUAAGAAACACAAAGAAUUUACUUCCCAGUUAUGCGCCGUGCAUCGUCACCCGGCUGCUCACUAAUUUGGGGAAACACUAGGUGCUAGGCUAACAUACUGCAUAGUAUGUCUGUGUUUUUCAGCUACAGUAUGUGUGAAAUGUGAAGUGUCAAGCCUCUGCUCUAAGUAAUCAUUGCCUCAGUGGCCCAAAUAAGCUACACUUCUAACAAGUAUCACUUUCAAAAAAGGCAGAUAAGGAGUAGCUUAGCACGUGACAAGCUGAGCAAGAAGACGUAACAGGAGAUGAUGGAAAAGACGAUGCUAAUCGCUAACCUAGUGUCAAAUACAAAAGAACUUAGUUAUAUACCAUAGUACUUUGUUCACAAAAGUCUAGCUGCAGCCACGGCAGAGCAGAGAGUAACCAGGUCUUAACAGCAAUUAGCAAUUGAAUUUGUAGCUCUCAGGAGAAAAUAGUUGAACAGCUACAUCGUGAGCUCACAGAAAAACAGGAAAGGAAUUGGUGAGAGCUUCUAUGAGCCAAGACGAGGAG